AUGGUGGCGGCCGUCAGGCGGCUGCAAUGGCGACACGCCGCCUCCGGGUGCCGCUGUUGCCCAACGCGGAGAGGAGAUGAAGUCGGAACCGCAGCAGGAGCCGCCGCAGCGUCCGCCCACAGCAAGCUCCUCGCUCGCUCGGCGCUUGCCAGAGAGGCAGGGGCACGGGCAGCGGAGAAGAUCGGCAUCCGAACCGCAACCGAGAUCGCAGCCCUUCGCCUGCCGAGAGCGGCUGGAAGGAAGAGAGGGCGUAGGCAGAAGGGACGACUGCGGGAAGAGCUGCCUACAAUGGCAGGCAGACAGAGCAUGAACUCGAGCCAAAGCCGGAACCCGAGAGCUGGGCGGCAGCGGGCAUCCGAGAGAGUGCUUCUGCUGCUGGCCGCUGUGCUGCUAGGCUUGUGCUGCCAGGCGGCGCCGGAGCCUGUCCGCUACACCAUCCCCGAGGAGCAGGGCAGAGGCUCUCUGGUGGGGCCGCUGGCGAGGGACCUGGGGCUGAGCCCGGCAGAGCUGCCGGCACGCAAGCUGCGUCUCAGCGCCGAGAAGCAAUACUUCAGCGUGAGCGGGGACACCGGCAACCUGUAUGUGAGCGAGAGACUGGACCGGGAGGAGAUGUGCGGCGAGGCACCGACCUGCUCCGUCAGCUUCGAUGCACUGGUGGACAACCCACUCAAUGUUUUCCACGUCGAGGUGGCUAUCCAGGACAUCAACGACAACGCCCCGACCUUCCUGCGAGACAAUUUCCAGCUGGAAAUCAAUGAGCUGACAUCUCCUGGUACACGCUUUUACUUGGACAUGGCCGAAGAUGCGGACGUGGGCAGGAAUUCCCUGCAGGGCUACGAGCUGGAGACCAACAAGUACUUUGAGGUGGAGGUGAAGGAGAGCGAAGACGGCAGCAAGUUCGCGGAGCUGGUGCUGCGCCGAACUCUGGACCGGGAGAGUGAGCAGAGCCUGCGGCUGGUGCUGACGGCGCUGGACGGCGGCGACCCGCCCCGCAGCGGCACCGCCCAGCUCUUUAUCAACGUCACCGACAUCAACGACAACGCCCCCGUGUUCGCGCAGGACCGGUACCGAGUGAGGCUACGAGAGGACGCGCCUCCAGGCUCGAUGGUACUGAAUGUCUCGGCCACCGACGCUGACGCUGGCACCAAUGCCCACAUCACCUACGGCUUCAGAGAAACGCCGACCAAGGUAUCUCAGAAAUUUUUGUUGGACGCAGAGAGCGGGAUCAUGACGCUGCAGGAAGCACUGGACUUCGAGGACACACGCUCUCUCAGCCUGGCCGUAGAGGCAAGGGACGGGGGAGGUCUUGUGGCACAGUGCAAGGUGGAGGUGGAGGUGGAGGACGUGAAUGACAACGCACCCGAAGUGAUAUUGACGUCGGUGUCGAGCCCAGUCCCCGAGAACGCUCCUGUCGGUACCGUGGUGGCCCUAGUGAAAGUGCGGGACCGCGAUUCCGGGGAAAACGGUCAGGUGCGUUGCGAGCUGUCGGGAGAGGCGCCCCUGUCGCUCGUGGCGUCCUCGGGCGGUUCAUAUAAGGUGGUGACGGCGAGCGCGCUGGACCGCGAGAAGGCAGCCCAGCACCGGGUGACGCUGGUGGCCAGGGACAGGGGCAGCCCAGCGCUGUCGAGCCAAGCGGCGCUGGUGCUGGAAGUGUCGGACGUGAACGACAACGCGCCGGUGUUCGAGGAGGAGGUGUACAGCGCCUACGUGGCCGAGAACAACGCGGCGGGAGCGCCGGUGCUGCGCGUGCACGCCCGGGACGCGGACGCGGGCGCCAACGGGCGCGUCAGCUACUGGCUGGAGGGCGGCAGCGCCGGCUCGGUAGCGCCGCCGGUGUCGGUGGAGGCGCAGAGCGGCACCGUGUACGCACAGCGCUCCUUGGACUACGAGCAGUGCCGCGAGUUCACGGUGACGGUGCGGGCGCAGGACGGCGGGGUGCCGGCGCGCAGCUCGACGGCCACGGUGCGCAUCUUCGUGCUGGACCGCAACGACAACGCGCCGCGGGUGCUGUGGCCGGCGGCAGCGUCGGCAGCAGGCGAGGCGCCGCCCUUCGAGGUGGUGCCGCGCUCGGCCGAGGUGGGCUACCUGGUGGCCAAGGUGGUGGCGGUGGACGCGGACGCGGGGCGCAACGCCUGGCUGUCGUACGAGCUGCUGCAGGCGCCGGAGCCGGCGCUCUUCCGCCUGGGGCUGCACAGCGGCGAGGUGCGCACGGCGCGGGCCGUGUCGGAGCGCGACGCGGCCAAGCAGCGCCUGGUGGCGCUGGUGAAGGACCACGGGCAGCCGGCGCUGUCGGCCACGGCCACGCUGCACGUGGUGCUGGCCGAGAGCUUGCAGGAGGCGCUGCCGGAGCUGAGCGAGCGGCCGGCGGGCGCCGACUCGCCGGCCGAGCUGCAGUUCUACCUGGUGCUGGCGCUGGCUCUGCUCUCGGCGCUCUUCCUGCUCAGCCUGGGGCUGGCCCUGCUGGCGCGGCUGCGGAGGGCCGGGCCGCCCGCCGUCCUGCGCUGCCUGGGCGCGCAGCGCUUGUCUCUGGCGGGCGCCGCCUUCCCAGCGGACUUCUGCGAGGGCACCUUGCCCUACUCCUACAACCUGUGCGUGGCUCCGGGACGCGCCCUGACCGAGGCCACUUGGCUGCCUCCGCUUUUGCCCAGCCUGCCCACGGAGGAACUGCUUGUCGAGGAGCCUUGCGGGAAGGCAAACCCGCACAGCAGUGCCGACGCGGGAGCUCCGCCCGCCCACUCCGAAGCUGCACAGGUCGUUAUGAGCAAGGCAUCUGCGGGCAGCGCCGGGUGGCUGCAGUUCCGGCAGCAGGCUGCGGGCGCCGCUGUUGACCGAGCAGGAGCCAGAGGAAGCCGGAGCGUGGCAGGCAGCCCCGCCCGCUGCGGCUCGGCUCGCUCGCUGGCUGGCUCGGAGUCGGAGCGGUUUGAGAGCGUCCCGGCGGCGCGGAGCCGAGCUGCGGCGAGCCGGAGGGGCCAGCGACAGCAGGCAGCAGCGGUCCGCAGCCGGGAGCCGGAGUCACAAGCGAAUCUGGAUCCGUUGCGGCGGUGA